UUUCUCUUCAUUUUCCUCCGCUUCGUUUUCUUUUACUCUAACCAAACGUAUCUCAGCUGUCGACAUUACGGCUCGAAACAUAUUUUUGUGCCUCCCUUUAGCUCCAGCCAGCGCAAGGAUUUUUUUUUUUUUUUUUACUCCUCCUUCGUAAUAAAGUCGCCAUUUUGCUUCACUGCUGAUAUAAACCGUCCCGUAUUCUAAUAUUUCUCCCCUCACCACCACCAGCCGGGGCACAUGCGUGUUUUUCGUGUGUUUGUCGUAUUUUGUCGGAGUGUUUGACAAGAAGACGGCGGUUGAAGAAGUGCCUCGCGCUUUAUAAUGCAGGAAAGGAAGAGGAGGGGAAACCGGGAAUAAGGUGGAAAAUAUCCAGGAUUUUGCUUCGCCUUGCAGCCUAAAUUCGGCUUGUCUUUUUCCUCUUACACCUCGCCGUCCGAAGAGUUGGAGACUUGGUCUUAAAGGACGACGUUGACGGCUGUCCACCUGCUUCCAGGCCCCCCUCCGGAGCUCGGCGUGGCCGCUGUUUGACGCACAGCAGGUGGGAUUGCCAUGUAAGUGAACAUCGGUGGAAAAAUGCUCACUCUCCUUGGCGCCUGUCAACUGACACCCACCCGUCCUUACGUGGGGUGACCCGUGUCUGUGGGUGACUGCCCGAUAGUUCAGGCAUGGAGAACCCAAGUGGCCCCAGGGUUGGGAAGCUGUCCUCAUCAGUGCUUCCAAGGGGCCGGACUUCCAAGUACGGACAUCCACAGGAGCCUGUCAGAACCACAACAGGCCCUGAAAACAACAGACAUAGCCCUCUAUGUGAUGAUCUCGGAGAUGGAAAGAGGAAAGGGCGUCCCAAAGCCGACAUGCAGGAACUGCGGAACAUCCCUGCCCAUAUGAUAGUACAAUGGAAAGAAGAGUUUAAACGCACCUCCAGGGUUAAGUGUCCAUGUUCAGGCUGCUGGUUAGAGUUUCCCAGCAUCUAUGGUGUUAAAUACCACUAUCAACGCUGCCAGGGGGCAACUGUAGCUGAGAAGCUUAAUCAUGGAUGUCCGUAUUGCGAGGCAGUGUUUGCCACAAAGGUGCGCCUGCAGAAGCACAAGCUAUGGAACCACCAAGACAGGGUUAGUACAGAGACCAAGGAUGAGCAGCCUAAGCUACACAAGAGCCCUGUCAAGUCCAACACCAAGAAAAGGCCAGUGGAGAACAGGAGCCCCUCCCCGGUGUUUUUCAAAUUAAAAAAGACCCACAAGGUAUCCACACCCUCUCAGAAUGGGGAGCUGGUGCACCAGAAAAGUCAGAGGAAACAGUACACACACAACCAGCUUUCACAGCAAACCCACCAAUCCCAGCCAGUUCAGCCGCAGUCCCAGCAUUCCCAGUCCCAGAGCACAUCAUCCGAUGCUGGAGGCAGUGAGAGUGAAGGAGGCAGUCUUCCUCCCUCUUUCCCAGAUGAGGAUCCCGAGCGAAUGAAGCACAAGCUAGGACGAAAGCAGAAAACUCCCAAAAAAUUCACCGGAGAACAACCCUCUAUCUCGGGAACAUUUGGAUUGAAAGGUAUGUCUAAGGUGGAGGAGAAAUUGAAGGCAGGCCGUGUGAAGAGACCAGAGGGGAGUGGCUUCAUCGAAGAGACCCACAAAAAACUCACUCCAAGUCAAUCUUCCAAAAAAGACCCAGCCACCUCUGGUUCUGUGCCUGACACCCAGUGGCAGCAAGCCAUCUCAGAGCGAGGAGAAGUGGUGUGCCCCACCUGCUCCAUUGUCACCAGAAAAACAGUGCACGGCCUAAAGAAACACAUGGAAAUCUGCCAGAAGCUCCAGGACGCUCUGAAGUGCCAGCAGUGCCACAAACAGUUCAGGUCCAAAGCUGGACUCAAUUACCACACUAUGGCUGAACAUAGCACCAAGCCGCCGGGUAGUGAAGGCCAGACGGAGGAUGAGAAUGAGGAGCGGGAGAGGCUGCGCAGAGUGCUCAAACAGAUGGGACGAAUCAAAUGUCCCAGUGAGGGCUGUUCGGCUCAUUUCUCCAGUCUGAUGGGCUACCAGUACCACCAGAAACGUUGUGGACGAGACCUGCCUGACGACGAGAAGCCCAUGUUUCAGUGCCAGCACUGUGGAAAAACGUACCGCUCCAAGACUGGCAGAGACUACCACAUACGCACUGAGCACUCCUCGACCAUCAGCACCACCCUAAACGUCACCACCAGGACCUCCAGCACGCCUGACACCAACAAGAACAAUACCACCGACACCACCAGCAUCACACCCAAAGAGAGGCAGGUGGCCCCUAAGGAGGUGACACCGAGAGCAAAGAAGGAGCAAAACCAACCAGAGAUGGAGUGGCAGGAGAAAGCACCACCUGACCCACCAAAGCUUCCAGAAAGGGAGGCUCUGGAGAAAGACAGAGAAAAAGUUGAGCAAGAAAAAGAAAUGGAGCGAGAUAAAGAAAAAGCAGCACAAAAUGAGAGCCUGGGUGAGGACUUUGAACGGACACCCAGUGGAAGAGUGAGGCGGCGGUCAGCGCAGGUCGCAGUGUUCCACCUGCAGGAGAUAGCAGAGGAUGAGCUGGCCAAGGACUGGGGCACCAAACGCCGCAUCAAGGACGACCUGGUGCCUGACAGUAAGCGGUUAAAUUACACGCGUCCCGGCCUCCCCAACUUCAGCACUGAGCUGUUGGAGACGUGGAAGAACCAAGUCAAAGAGAAGGGUUUCAUCUGCUGCAUCAAUGAACGCUGUGAAGCAGUCUAUUCCAGUGUGUCGGGGCUAAAAGCCCACCUCGCCAACUGCAGUCAGGGUGGAGGAGAACUGGGGAAAUACACCUGUUUAAUCUGUCAAAAGCAGUUCAGUUCUGAGAGCGGCGUCAAGUACCACAUCAGCAAAACACACUCAGAGAACUGGUUCCGUGCAGCAGCUAGUCACGUGGUGUCAAACAGCAAGAGCAAAGCACCAGAGAACAACGCAAUCAAAGCUGAGGUGAGGAACGGUGCAACCACCGGUAAAAAGAGGGGCCGCAAACCAAAAGAACGCCCCCCUGCGGUUACGCCACUCCAAACAAAAAAUGAAACGCCUACCACAAAUGAAAACUCAGCGCCUGCUGGGACUCCUUCCUCAAGCCCAACGCCGACCCCCAACCUGUUCUGCGAGCCUACGGACUGCAGUAAUUCAGGCCAAAACAGACAACCCAACGCCUGCACUGCCCGACGAAACAAACCCAAGAGGCUCUCUUUGACAGAGUAACUCUUCUUUUGUGGUCCCAAGAGCUGGAACAGAUGCUUAGUGUUAAUGUUCAGCCAGAAAGCGAAAAGACCCUAUGAACUCCACGAGGACUUGGCACUGAAGAAGAAGAAAGCUAAAAAUCAACCAUUAAGGAGUAAAAAUUUAGUGCAGACUUAAAGUCGGUUUGAAACCCUAUAGUUAAUGUGUCUGCUCUUACAAACAGUGCUCGUGUAAUAGUAACAGUUUAUUUUCACCAUUCCACUUUUGUGUCCUUUUCAAGGCACACAGUUUAAUUUCUUCACUCACAGGAAGGGGAGCUAAUUCUCAUCAAAGAUAAAAAUCAUGAUUUCUCAAUGGAUAUCAUUUUUUAAAGUGAAAUAUUAGUCCACACAAACGGAGUCUAACUCUCUCCAUGAGGUUCAUGUUGUGUUUGAAGGGUUUUAACAAGGACCUUCUAUCCGCAUGGUGAAGUCAUUUAAUGGUAGCUAGUUUUCACAUUUUCCAUAGAUAUACUGUACUGUGUACAUAAACUAUAUCUAUAUAUCUAUUUAGUCAAAGCAGUUGAUCCCAUCUGUCAUUUUCAAGAUGAAAAUGGCCAGUUGGAUCAUGCAUAGUCAGAAUAUUUGCAGUGUGUGCGCUGGUGCAAUGUUUUGAAGUUCAUUUGUUUCAUACUGAUUUUACUUUUUAUUAUUUUCCUACUUUUUAUUGUUUUCAGUAAGCAAAUGUCUUAUAAGCUAAAAUGCUGUUCAGUGGUCAGUUUUCACCGUAACUGUUUUCUCAGUUGUGUGUCAUUUCAGAGACAUUAAUGUUUAUCUUAUAUAUGUCACGUGAUGAUUUAAGGCGUGCUUUGACAAACCUUACACACUUCCUAACACUGAAUUUAUGAAGCAGAAUAGCCACAAACAUGAUUAUGUUUGAGAGUUCCAUCAGUCGGAUCUAGGUUUGUGUUCUAUUGUACAGCUAAAUAAUAAAUAUUGUUUAAUUGAUAUGAAAAGAACUUGAAGUAGUUGGUUUUAAAAAUAGGCCUGACCAAGGAUCAAUUCUGCGUGAAGCUUGUUGCACCAUUGCAGCACAAUCAAAUGACAUAACGUUUUAACAGAGGCCGCUUAUAUUUGGCCGGUGCUUUAGCUUUAAUCGAAGAGCUGAAGAAAGAAUUAAAUAGUAUCUUUUAUAGAGAGGUUGAGGAUAAUAAUCUUUUAUUAAACAGAACCUGCAAAUGAAGAAUCUGCUAUAAUAAUUUAUAUAAAUGAAUUUCUGGUUGCUCAAAGUUAUUGCCUUGCACUUUAACCCUUCGCCCUCGUGAUCCCCUCUUGUGUUAUUUUGUUUGUUUUUUGACUGCAGGAGUAUUUCACCUCACCUUGUCGUUGUAAAGCACAGAAGCAGGAUUGUUUUACUCUCAUUAAAACAUGGUGAAAAACUAAAUUUGUCUUUUGAAGGCUAAUGAGCAGCGUGUUUAACUCUUCCUUGUUCAUGUCUGUAAUCCAACAUGGCCGUAUGCCAUAAUUAUCACGCACCAUCACUAAGCCAUAACUGGUCUUGUUGAGUUGAGAGCUGCUCUGUGUGAAUGAUAGUAUAGCUUCAGAUUAA